AUGGGCAAGAAAGGAAGCGGCUGGUUUUCAACCGUCAAGAAAGUCUUCAAACCUUCCUCCAAGGAACUGCCGGAGAAGAAGAGGGAUAAUGUGGAAAAAUGGCAACACGAUGCACCAGAAGAAGUGUCAUUUGAACAUUUCCCUGCAGAAAGUUCUCCAGAUAUCACAAAUGAUGACAGUGAUGCGGCAUCUCUGCAGAGUGACGAUCAAAAUCAUGCUAUUGCUGUUGCAAUGGCAACUGCUGCAGCAGCUGAAGCUGCUGUUGCCGCUGCUCAAGCAGCUGCUAAAGUUGUGCGAUUGGCAGGUUAUGGACGCCACUCUAAGGAAGAAAGGGCUGCAACCCUCAUCCAAUCAUAUUACAGAGGAUAUCUGGCUAGACGUGCUCUGCGGGCUCUGAAGGGACUGGUGAGGCUACAAGCACUAGUGAGGGGGCACAAUGUACGGAAGCAAGCACAAAUGACAAUGCGAUGCAUGCAAGCAUUAGUAAGUGUGCAGGCAAGAGUACGUGCACACAGACUACAACUAGCACAUGAAAAGCUUCAGAAAAAGGUUGAAGAACAAGAAGAAAGAUUAGGACCGGAAGGGGAAGAGCAGAAGAAGAGGAGCACAAUGAAGAAGCUUGAAACAGAAGGUUGGAAUAGUUGGGAUCAGAGCAUGGACAAAAUCAAAGAAAAUACCCUGAGAAAACAUGACACCUCAAUGAAUAGGGAGAGAGCUCUUGCCUAUGCUUUUACCUACCAGGUUGGUUAG